CUUUGAGCUGCCUCCUCGCCCUUCUCGCUCACACUCUCUUUCACUUUCGAGUGAUUUUUGUCCCUCUCAGACAGUCCCACGCCGGCAGCAGCCCAGCAAGCGGCAGAGGCGUCGGAGGGACAACACAGCAUCACUCCCAUGGAUACCCGCAUGCAGGACCCACUCCUGGGAGCACCCGGCUCAGCAUAUCAGACCUUCCCACAGCAGGCUGCCCGCCCCUUGGACCGGGAAUAUAUCAGGACCCUCCAAAACAAGCGUCUCUUUCUAGCCGCUUUCGCUGCCGUCCUAGGGAACUUCAGUUUCGGGUACGCCUUGGUUUACACGUCCCCCGUGAUCCCGGCCUUGGAAACAUCCAAUAUCCCUGCCUUGAAAAUAACCCACAAGGAGGCAUCCUGGUUUGGGUCCGUGUUCACGCUGGGCGCUGCCGCCGGAGGCCUCAGCGCCAUGUUCCUGAAUGACCGUCUGGGUCGGAAGCUGAGCAUCAUGGUCUCCGCUGUCCCCUCCGCUGUCGGCUACGCCUUCAUGGCCGGCGCCCAGGGACUCUGGAUGCUGCUGCUGGGGCGACUGCUGACGGGCUACGCGGGCGGCGUGACGGCCGCCUCCAUACCGGUCUAUAUCUCCGAGAUCUCUCACCCUGGGGUCAGAGGAACAUUGGGCUCCUGCCCUCAGAUCAUGGCUGUUCUUGGGUCCCUCAUCCUGUACGCCCUGGGCCUGAAGCUGCCCUGGCGCUGGCUGGCCGUGGCUGGGGAGGUGCCGGUUCUCACCAUGAUCAUCUUGCUCUGCUUCAUGCCCGACUCGCCCCGCUUCCUCAUCUCGAAGGGCAAGGAGGACAAGGCGCUCCAGGUCCUGCGCUGGCUCCGGGGACCCGACACGGAUUUCCACCGGGAAUUUGAGCAAAUGCGAGAAAGCGUCUGGCACCAGAGCAAACGGAUUUCCUGCGCGGAGAUCAGGGACCCGUUCAUUUACAAGCCGAUCCUGAUCGCGGUGCUGAUGAGGUUCCUGCAGCAGCUCUCGGGCGUCACCCCCACCCUGGUGUAUUUGCAGACGAUAUUUCAGAGCACCUCUGUAAUAUUGAAGCCAGAGUAUGAUGCAGCGAUCGUAGGGGGAGUCCGCUUGGUGUCUGUGCUCAUUGCUGCGUUCUCGAUGGACAAAGCUGGCAGGAAAAUUCUUCUCUACCUAUCAGCUGGGAUCAUGUUAGCCUCCAACCUGACCCUGGGCCUCUACAUCCACUACACACCAAAGCCUUCUCACAACUCUACCCUGGCCGUCAUGAACGGGACCACUGUGAGCCCAGAAAGCCUUACGGCAGAGCCCUCGCACUACGUCACCCUCAUCCCCCUGGUGGCUACCAUGCUCUUCAUAAUGGGUUAUGCCAUGGGUUGGGGCCCCAUCACCUGGUUGCUGAUGUCAGAGAUCCUCCCUCUGAAGGCCCGUGGUGUGGCCUCAGGCCUCUGUGUCCUCGUGAGCUGGCUCACUGCCUUUGCUCUGACCACAGUCUUCCUCCCAGUUGUGCAAGCCUUUGGCCUCGAAGUCCCAUUCCUGUUCUUUGCAGUCAUCUGCGCCGGGAACCUCAUCUUCACAGGCUGCUGUGUGCCAGAGACCAAAGGCCGGUCCCUUGAGCAAAUCGAAACCUUCUUCCGGACUGGGCGGAGAUCCAUCAUGAGGAACCACGUAUGAGGAUCCUUUAGGAACCGCCACCUGCUCACUGAGCUUUCAAAACAACAUCUUACAUGCCAGGGGACGUGUGCUGCCAGAAGCAGAACCUGACAUUUUCUCUGUGCCCGCAAGGCCUGCAAACACCAUGCAUGCGGGCUUGUUGGGGACGGCCUCAUUGUCUUUGAGAACCACACGCUGGAAUUUCACUUCCUUUUCAAGAGUCACUCGACACUAUUCUAAGGGGUCUCCGAGCAGCUCGAUAGUGGUAGGUACCCUACGGCCCGGGAGCCAUAUGGCCCAUCAGGGUUCUAUGUGAGGCCUGCCAGCCAUUUUUUGUUUACUGUUGCCCACGUGCAGGGUUGCUAGAUUCUGCUGAUUUCCAUCCGCAUCGUUUUUUUCCUACUAGCAUUACUAAAGUCACACGCAUAUAAAGCCAGGGCAUGUGAGGUGGGGGCUGAUUGCUCAUAGCGCUCACUGUGAGAGCCGGGCACUCCCUCUGCCUCCAAUCACAAUGCUGCUAUGGUUCGGUCUGUACCCCGCAAAUUCUAGGUACCCAGCACAGCCCCUGCCUGUAGCGGGAGAAUGGGAGGUGUCUUCCAGCCCAGCAGCAGGUGGGGGGGUCUCCUCCAGCCAGGCUAGAACCCCCUUCUCCCCCCCCCCCACACACACACUUCCCCCCUUUUAAUCCAUUAACCAAUAAAACAAUG